AUGGAACUGGCACGCCAUCUAAUGGAAUGGAUUCUUUAUCCUCAGAUGAACCUGUCACCUUUCUUACAUAAACCAAGGCAACUAAGAGCAUUGGGUUUCCCGGUCGAUGAGGGAAGUCGUCCUCAAGCCCUGUUUCCGCUUAGAGCAUGGAGGGGUCAGGAAGAAGAUGAGCUGUUAGGGACAGCUCCGAGGAAAGGAAGGAAGACGGAUCCCGGACAUCCGGCUAUUAGCCUGGCCUCUGUUCUGCAUCCAUCUAAACCACUACACUAUCGCAAUCUGCUCGUGAAAUGCUCCACUGCAUCGUCGCUAUCUCCGUCCACUUCGGGCGUAGGCUCGGCUUAUGAAGUUUUUCUCAACCAAUCCCUUUUUCCGUUACCUCCAACAACUGCGACUAUUGGUAUACUCGAGUUGACCAUUUCUUCUCUUCCGGAUCGAUGUCGGUAA